AUGGAAUUAUGUGGUGAAAAAGUUACUGAGCUCGAGAUGCUUAAUAAGACUUUCUCGACGAUGCAUUCCAGUAACAUGGUAUUGCAACAGCAAUACAGAGAAAGAAAGUUCACCACAUACACUGAGUUGAUCGAAUGUCUUUUGUUGGCUGAAGCCAAUAAUGAACUGUUAAUGAAAAACAGUGAGAUGAGGCCUCCGGGAACGGCUCCAUUACCUGACAUCUCUAAACUUGCUAUAGAGCAAAAGAAAGAGAGUAACCUUGUCCACCAUAAUAACCAACCCGGCUCAUUCCGUGGUAGAGGUAGGGGACGAGGUGGCACGUUUAAUGCACACAGGCGAGGACGUGGUCGCGGGAACACACCAGGCUUCAGCCGUGGUCGUGGUCGUGGCCGUAGUGUGUCGUUUAAACCUCAGAUCAAGACUGAUCAGUGCCAUCGUUGUGGUAUGGGGAACCAUUGGGCAAAGAACUGCCGUACUCCUAAGCACCUAUGUGAACUUUAUAUCAAAAGUCUAACAGAGAAACCGGAAGCUCAUAUGGUUCGAGACUCAGGAUAUGAAGGAGAUGAUGACGAAGAGGACACAGAAUAUGUCCAGAACAAAGAGGAAGGAUCAAACCAAGAUACCGAGAUGGAGUUUCAGACUUCAGACAUUCUGAAAUAA